GUAUGGAGGUUAUCGCUGUCUGUAGGAGAUUGACUUUUGAAUCUUUAAUCUCGUCACUUGAUACUGUGCUCUCGUGAUGUAUGCACUAAAUAUUUGUGCACUAAUUAUAUUAUUCAACAUCAUUUCGCUAACAAAAUGUCAAAAUUAUCAACCCACAUGGGAGAGUAUCGACUCUCGUCCAAUCCCUGGGUGGUACGACGAUGCCAAAGUGGGCAUGUUCAUUAACUGGGGAGUUUACACGGUGCCCUCUUGUACCAGUGAGUGGUUCUGGUGGUUCUGGAAAGGACAGCCACAAGCAAACGUGGUGGAGUACAUGAAAAAAUUCUACCCACCAAACUGGACGUAUGCGGACUUCGCUAAGGAAUUCCGUGCCGAGUUUUAUGAUCCAUAUAAGUGGAAAGACAUUAUUGUCUCAUCUGGUGUAAAAUAUGUUGUGCUAUCUUCUAAACACUGUGAUGGAUAUAGCAUGUACCCAACUAAUGUGACAUAUCAAUGGAAUUCAAGAGACGUCGGUCCAAAGCAAGACCUAGUGGGUCCUUUAAAGGAGGCACUGAAGGGGACAGAUGUAAAAUUUGGGAUCUACCAUGCCAUGAUAGAAUGGUUUAACCCAAUAUGGCUCACGGAUCAAGAGAAUAAUUUCACCACUCAGAGAUAUGUCAAAGAUUAUAUACACCCCCAGCUUUAUGAAAUUAUCAACACUUACCAGCCAGAUGUCCUGUGGAAUGACGCCUGCUGGUUAGCUCCCAGUUGGUAUUGGAACUCUACAAUAUUCUUAGCUUGGUUGUACAACAAGAGUCCAGUGAAAGACACUAUCGUGGUAAAUGACAGAUGGGGAUAUGACUGCUUCUGCAAGCAUGGAGGGAUAUGGACAUGUUCUGACCGUUUCCAUCCGGGUCAUGUUAUGCCACAUAAAUGGGUGAAUGCCAUGACGAUAGACAGAGGGUCCUGGGGGUACAGGAGAAACGCUGAUCUAAGCCAGUACUACUCCAUAGAAGAGCUGUUAGAGGAAGUGAUUUACACCAUUAGUUAUGGAGGGAACAUAUUGAUUAACGUUGGGCCAACAUCAUGGGGGACCUUUGACCCAAUUUAUGAGGAAAGAUUCCGUCAGUUGGGCUCAUGGUUAAAGGUCAAUGGAGAAGCUAUAUAUAAAUCAACGCCUUGGACUCAUCAGAAUGACACAGUAACAAAUACAGCGUGGUACACAGCGUCCAAGUCAGAAAAGGAUGUUGUUUAUUGUAUAAUAUUGAAUUGGCCGUAUGAUGACGAGGUGACCUUGGGAGCGUUGAAGGACAUCCCAGUCUCUGAAAUAACAUUGCUUGGGUCAGAUGCGGUAAUGUCCUUUGCGCAAGAGUCAAAUGGUCUUAAAGUUGUAUUCCCCGCCCUUAGUGUCCGUAAGAUGCCAUGUGAAUGGGCCUGGACUUUGAAGAUUACACUAAAAGCAUAAUUUUUAUACUUUGUUUGAAUAAAGUACUUGUAAUCCAUAUAACGAUUUCCUCGUACAAACUGAUUUUCAUGUAUUAUGAUGUUAUUCUAUUCAAUAUAUGUGUUUAGUGACAA